AUGAAAAGAUCACUACAAUUGCUGCGUCCUGUGCAGCAAUUCAAGGAUAGACCAAUAUGCGGCUCUUGCAGGAAAGAGCUGCGCCGAGCAGCAUCGACUCAAGCUGCAGCAAUUGCUGAGGAUCCCAGCCAGGAACUCGAAUCAAACAGUUCCUUCAAUCUUCCACCUCCUUCUGAACAGGAUGCGACUAGGUUUGAUCCACUGAAAUCUACGCGAUACAGGGAGAAGAAAAAGCAGGCACUUCCUUCCAGCAGAUAUCAAUAUCGCUCUCCUCGCUUCGACCGUGGUCCAUUAGCACCACAUCGUCCGCCUCCUCUGACAGAUCCUGCCUCGCGACAGUUUGUACCAGGGCCUUUUUCGCAAUCACGCCUUGAGAGCACGUAUCACAGCACAAUCGCCGCGGAUUACAUGGCAAUGACUUAUCAGCAUCGACCGCCUGGCUUCAAACCACCCGAGAAAGGUCCAAGACUGCGCGCAUGGGAGGGCGACAAUCCAUACUUUGCGAACAGAAAACUUAGAGGUCCAAGAGGAGGUGAUGUGCUGCGUUUGUUAAGAAAACCAAUCACCUUCAGAAACAUUCCAAUGAUCGAAAGACUUACUGUUCAUACAUAUUGCAGAGACGUUAUUAGAUCGGGCUCAGCUGUUCUCCAUGUCGCCGGCAUGGUCUUACAAGAGAUCACUGGUCAGCGUGUUAUUACCCACAAGUCGAAACAUCCCGAACAAGGCUUCGGUUUGCAGAAGGGCAUCCCUAUCGCUGCAACAGUGGAUCUCAAGGGCGAGGCCAUGUAUCAUUUCAUGGACAAACUGGUCAAUGUUGUCAUGCCUAGAAUCAAAGACUGGAGGGGAGUCAGAGCGACGACAGGGGACAACUCCGGCAAUCUUACAUUUGGUUUCGAGCCGGACGUGACUGGUACUUUUCCUGAGGUUGAGAACAAUUACGAUGCAUACCCGCCUAAGAUGAUUCCUGGUCUGCAUAUCACGAUACACACAACUGCCAGAGCCGACAAAGACGCAAGAUUGCUAUUGGAAGCAUUUGGCAUUCCGUUCUACGGCAAGGUCGUGGACUGA